CUUGUUGUCCAUCCGCACAGAUCUGAAGAGGAACCGGCAACUUAUUCCCCCUCGCGCUCCAGGAAACAGCAGCAGCACCAUCAGCCUGAAGGAUCUUCAGUCAUGGACAAACUACAGUCGGUGUUAAACGGCGAAGAGGCGCGCAAAGACAACAAAACCGUGUUACAGACUGUGAACGAAGCCUCGACCUUAGGAUGGGGGACACGUUUGAAGGGGUUCGUCGCCUGUUUCGUGGUGGGGGGCGUGUGCACAGUGUUGGGAGUGUGUCUGCUCUUCCUCCCCAGGAUCGGGAUCAUUCUCUUCAUUGUCUUUUACACUUUGGGAAACCUAUGUACUCUGGGCAGCACCAUGUUUCUGAUGGGGCCAAUGAAGCAAGUGAAAAGGAUGUGUGACAAAACAAGAGCCCUGGCCACCGCGCUUAUGAUUACUUGCCUCGUGUUGACUCUCUGCGCCGUCUUCUGGUGGAAGAACUUUGGACUUGCUUUGUUAUUUGUCAUCUUGCAAGUCCUGUCGUUCGCCUGGUACAGUCUGUCGUACAUCCCGUUUGUGAGGGAUGCGAUAAUAAAGUUGGUGGCGGUGUGUGUUUGAGGCCCGUCGAUGUUCGGAGGGUUUCCUGCUGGAUGAAGAGGCCUCCUCCUCCUCCUCCUCCUUCAGAGAGUCUGAGACUCUUCCUGUUUUAUCUCCAAAGACCUUUCUUUUAUUUUGUUUAUGCUUCAUGCAUUGUGCUGAAUGAUAGUUUGGUGUUUAUUGAUUACUUAUACCAGUUUUAAUGAGCGGGAGGGGGCUUGGUUUGUAAUAUGUGUAAAUAUUUGUAAUAACUGUAUGUAUUAAUGUUUAUUUUGUAAAUAAAACAGCCUCAUU